GCGGAACGAGCCACCUAGAAGAUCCAAUCAUAACUGCCGGUCGUCCCCUAUACGUGGCGAUCCAGUGCGGAUCGCUUAUGUGCAGUCUUGGCCUAUCGGGUGAAGCAGCAUCCGAAGUUGACUAAGCACGGCCCCACAGUUUCCUUGCAAGGCCUCUUCACGUUCAUGUGGCCCGGGAAAUAUCUUCCCGAGUUGGCCAGACCGAUUGAAAAGUAUAUAUAGCACCCGUUACUCCUUAUUGUUUUAAGCAGCACUAGCUACUAUCCAUACCCCGAGAUUCAAAAUGUUACGCUCUUUUGUGGGGCACGUCCCUUGUGCUAGGGCCAUGUUGUCCAAGAGGCUCCAGUCCUCCUUGGGCAGCGCAAAGAAACCAACUCCGGUCCCAAAGCAGGUUGCUCCAUCGGAACACUACACCCUGAAUCAAUCUAGCUCUGCUGUUGCCACUGUGUUGAUCGGUGUGUCUUUACUUGGUGGGGGUAUCUUCAUCGGAAGCAACUUCAUUGCAUCGCCAAAGGACGACGCCUCAGAGUUGCUGUCAAUCACACCAUUAUCCAGCGUGUCCUCUCCAGAAUAUGGUACGGCUGAAGAUUUCAAGAAGGCUUUCAGGGAGAUCGAGGCUCUUGUCGGGUCGGAGAGGGUCUCUAGAUCCGACGCUGAAAUUGACCACCACGCGGACUCCUAUUACACCACCCACAAACCCCUCGAAGGCCAGAAGCCGCAAUUAGUUGUUUUUCCUGCCACCACAGAGGAGGUUUCUGCGAUUUUGAAAAUCUGUCACCGUUUGCGGGUGCCUGUAGUUCCUAAUUCGGGAUUGACAUCGUUGGAAGGGCAUUACAUCCAUAGCCGCCUGGGUUUAUCGUUGGACUUAUCCGGAAUGAACAAAAUCUUAGAAUUAAACGAACUGGACCUUGACAUCACGGUCGAGGCCGGAGUUGACUGGCAAGGCUUGAACGAAUACUUGGAAGAGUAUAAUUUGUUUUUCGGGCCCGAUCCUGGUCCAGGUGCCCAGAUUGGUGGGAUGUGCGCCACCUCGUGUUCAGGAACCAAUGCUUAUCGCUACGGGACCAUGAAGGAAAACGUUUUGUCGUUGACCGUGGUUUUGGCGGACGGUACUGUUAUCAAAACACGGAAACGCCCUCGUAAAACGGCAGCCGGCUACAACUUGAACGGUUUAUUCAUUGGAAGCGAGGGUACUUUGGGCGUGGUUACUCAAGCCACAUUAAAGCUUUACAUGAAACCAACGGUGGAAGCCGUGGGUAUUGUCAGCUUCCCGACCUUGGAGGAUGCUGCAUCGGCGGCUCACGAAUAUAUCAGGCUAGGCUUACCAAUGAAUGCUAUUGAAAUUUUGGACGAAACAACGAUGAGAUUUAUCAAUGCUACUCUGAGCCAGAAGUGCGAGGAGAUGCCAACCUUGUUCUUAAAGGUGGGGGGGUCUAGUGAAACGAUUGUGGGUGAAACGAUCAAGCAGGUCACCGCCAUUGCCGGUAAAAACCACAAAACCUCGUCCGCUUUUUCCUUUGACGAAUCCACCAAGGCUGAAUUAUGGCACGGGCGCAAGGUAGCGUUCUGGUCCACCUAUGACUACGGACGGGCUAAGUUUGGCAAGGAUACUGAGGUCUGGACCACUGACAUUGUGGUGCCGAUCUCAAACUUGCCCCAGGCGGUCAGAGAGAUCAAGGAAGAUUUGGUGGCUAACAACUUCGAAGCGUCAUUGAUGGGGCAUAUUGGUGACGGUAACUUACACUUCUGUAUUAUCUACAGGGCUGGCGAGAGAGAAAAGUGUGCCCAGGUGGUUGGUAGAAUGGUGGAAAAAGCCUUGAGGCUCCAAGGCACAUGCACAGGGGAGCACGGUAUUGGUAUGGGUAAGAGAAACUAUUUGAUCCAAGAAUUGGGAGAAGAAGUUAUUAGCGUUAUGAGAAGGUUGAAAUUGAGCUUGGAUCCUUUGAGAAUCAUGAAUCCCGACAAGAUUUUCAAGAUUGACCCCGAAGACCAUGAGCACUAGUUGGUAUGAGGCCGUUAGCUGUUGAAAGUCUCAGGGAGCUGAGAAUACUCUAUAGUCUGUACCUUGUGUCUUUUUCAUCAAAAAAAUUAAAAUAUGAGUUGAUAAGUGUAAUUUUG